AUGGCACCGCCGCCGCCACUUCCGCUACGGACCCGGAAGUAUCUCCCCGACGCCGGAAGUCCCGUGGCCUUGCUUCCGCAGGGGCUUCCCCCAACCCGACGCGGCGGAGACUCGCUUCCGGCCCCGGGUGGGCGCCGAUUGGAACCCCGGUGCGCUGCGGAGCGGUGUCCCGGGAGCACCGCUCUCCAGAAAGCCGGCGCCGGAAGCGCGUACGGUGGCCGCGGCGCCGGCGGAGCGCCUGUUCGGGCGCGAGGCCCGUGCGGGGCCAUGAACGGGACCGCGAACCCGCUGCUGGACCGCGAGGAGCACUGCCUGCGGCUCGGGGAGAGCUUCGAAAAGCGACCGCGAGCCUCCUUCCACACCAUUCGCUAUGAUUUUAAGCCAGCAUCUAUAGAUACCUCCUGUGAAGGAGAGCUUCAGGUUGGCAAAGGAGAUGAAGUCACAAUUACACUGCCACAUAUCCCUGGAUCCACACCACCAAUGACUGUGUUCAAGGGGAACAAACGGCCUUAUCAGAAAGACUGUGUGCUUAUUAUUAAUCAUGACACUGGUGAAUAUGUGCUGGAAAAACUCAGUAGCAGCAUUCAGGUCAAGAAAACAAGGGCUGAGGGGAGCAGUAAAAUCCAAGCCCGAAUGGAACAGCAGCCCACUCGCCCCCCACAGCAAUCACAGCCGCCACCGCCUCCACCACCUAUGCCAUUCAGAGCUCCAACAAAGCCUCCAGUUGGACCCAAAACUUCUCCCGUGAAAGAUAACCCUUCACCUGAACCUCAGCUGGAUGACAUCAAAAGAGAGCUGAGGGCUGAGGUGGACAUUAUUGAGCAGAUGAGCAGCAGCAGUGGGAGCAGCUCCUCAGACUCUGAGAGCUCCUCGGGAAGCGAUGAUGACAGCUCCAGCAGCGGAGGCGAGGACAACGGCCCUACCUCUCCCCCCCAGCCUGCACACCAGCAGCCCUACAACAGCAGGCCUGCCCUUGUCAACGGAACCAGUCGGCCACAGGGGAGCAACCAGCUCAUGAACACCCUCAGAAAUGACUUGCAGUUGAGUGAAUCUGGGAGUGACAGUGAUGACUAGAGCUGAAUCUUUCUAAAUCAACUUUUUGGUGCACAAAUAUACUGCAAGACCGGGCUACUUUUGCAUGGAAUCCAUUGACAAGAGAAAAAUGCUGUGGAUCAGUGACUGUAAUAGGAAUUCGAGGCUCUAAAGCUCUCAGAUAUUCAAGACUUUAACUUAACGGUGAUGGGUGACUUUCUUGUGUAAUUAUUUGAACAAUCUCAUGUUUCAAGGUUUAAGUAGAUCUAUAGAAGAACUAACAAUUAUAUUUCUAUUUGGUUAACAUUGGCAAUGAAAAACAGGCAAAUGUGCCCUGGUCUAGGUUACUCAAAGGCCAUAUCUUCACCAGGCCAGUGAUUCCAUUUUAAACCCUGGCAGCCACCAGUUUGGCCAAGUGUUCUACACCAAUGAAACGAGAAACAGUCUUUGAGGGAUAGGAGAGAGGGGGAAACCUCAGACUGCCCUUAGAAAUAUGCUAAAACCACUUGAAACGGUGGAAACCAAGUGGUAAGGAAGUUUUGUGUGAAAGCCUGGCAAGCCUGUGAAGAAACAGACUUCAAGGUGGAGUCCUCAAGUGUCAGCCGGGCGGGACCCUGGAGUCCUGGCAGUUCAACCCCCCUCAUUUACAAAUAAGGAAAGGGAAGCACUCAGCCAGUUUAGCCUCCUGCCCCCAAUCCAGGCUUUUCCCAUUGUUCCCUCCCUUGAGUCUCGUUUGUUAGAAUCAGAGCGUCCAUACAUGAGACUUACAGAUGUACAUAGGAACUUGUAGUGGGUUCCAAAAGACAAAUGUGUUGUGUACUUCUAGCUCAGAUUCAGAUCCAGACAGUCCCUAAAGGCAGGAGGCUGGGUUAGCAGAUUAAACCAGCAGCCACUAGACCAAAACAUGACCAGUUAAUUUGGGGCUUUUACUUCUGAGUAGACCCAUAUUAAGUGUUCCUCAUUCAGUGGGUUGUAGUGGGGGAGGUAGGAGUAGAAGAGAGGUGUAGUGAGGGAACCUUUCUAAUCAAAUGAACCAGCAACAGGUUUUCAGAAACCAGAAUCUCAAUAGGAGUUCUGCAAUAUGAAAUGAGCACACUCUUUCUGUUCAUGCUUUUGUACCACUGUUUGUGCCUGAUUGCCAUACCGAUUUGUAGUUUUUAUAUACAGGUAGAAGAAAGUCACAGGUUGCCUUCUGCAGUGUGCAGUUUUCAAGUGAAUCUGUUGUUGCAGCAAACUGGUCACUAGUAAAUGUUUCAUAUUGAGUGAAUGUGUGAUAAAUUGUCCCAUAAUUAGUUUGUCCCAUUUCUGUAAUUUGAAUGAAUAUGUCUGGAGAAAUUUCCAUCUUCUUUGGUUUAGCGGGUAUCAGUAACAGUUAACAUGAUUUUCCUUCCUGGGAUCCCUCCACUCAGAUGGCCUCUUCUUCCCAAGUUAGUGGAGGGAUGCAGUCUUGAACUAGAAGGGAAUUAGAUGAUCCAAGGUGGUGGCCUUGGUUAGAGUUGAGCCUUAUAGAGUCACCUGUUUUAACUGCAUAGUAAUCCCAGUGAGCUGGGGGUGUGGACCAGCAGUCACUGUCCAACAGCACGCUCAUACCAUUCUACCAAGUGUAGGUAAUAGGUCCACACUGGUACCCUGUAGUGGGUUCUCAGCCCAUGAGGAGGUGUCAGUGAAUUUAAUGGCACGUAGGAACUUAUUUAUAAUGAAUUGGUAAUUGUUUUAUAUUUCCUUAGUAAUGACAGCUCAGGGAGGGUGAAGGUCAUGAUUAGGAAAGAUGAAUUGUUACUGGAUGUAGGAAUGUUUCACUGCUCUUGAUUUGCUCAGCUGGGGCAGGUUUCAGGAACUUGAACUGAAAAUAUUUAAGCCUCUUUUUCCCCCCUCCGCUUCCCAAAGUGUUCACAUACAUAGACAGACUGUGGUUUUGGCAUGUCAGGUAAAGAUGUUUGUUCUAUAGGAAAUACUUGCAUGUGGCACUUGGGUUGGCGAGUUAAGCUCUCUGAGCUUCAGGCUCUCCUGUCACCCAUCGUCCCUACAGGCAUGGUCAUCCUCUAGCCUAGCUCCAGUUUGGUUCUCUGCACAAAGCCCUCAGUAAUUCCCUCCCCCGCCCUCCAGCUUCACCCACCACAGUAAAGAAUCUUUUGUUUUUGGAAAUCAAGAAUUUGGCCUUACAGACUACUCAUGAUUACCUUCAUGCCAGGCAAAAUGGUCUUGUUCUUCCUCCCUCUGUGCCUUCUCAGUCUCUCCUCUUUCCCAAACCUGACUCCUGAGGAGCCAUCUCCUACAGGUACCAUUUUCAUGGACCUUUCCUCGGUUCUUUUCAACCAGCUGGAGUGUUGUGUCCAUACUGACUUCCUUGCUCAAGCUCUGGUUGGUGUGAACUCCUUACUUAAAGGCAAGGACCGUCAUUCUCAUCUCAUCCUCUGGGAUGUCCACAGGCAUACACAUUCAGAUGCUUAUAGCUGGUGGGGAGGAGGCAGAGAGAACCAAGUAGAGUAGAAAGGGUAGACAUAGAGAAAACAUUCCAGGCAUCUGGAGAAAGCUGAAAAGUAUCCAUGCUGAUUUUCAUCAUUUUGCAGUUUCUAACUGAAUUGUUAAAAUCACCUUUUUGUUCUAUGUCUACCGUACUGUGGGUCAUUAGGCAAGGUGUAAAGACUUAAGUCCGAAUUAUCGGAGGAGCCACAGUAAAGACGUGAUUUGGAAAAAGUUAAUACAGAGGAACUAGAGAUUUGUAACGAUGCCACUCAUUAACCAUUUUACUUCUGUAACAGGAUCAUUCUAUGUGUGGUAUUAUAUGUAUGUGCUUCAGUAGUGGGAAAACUUGAAAAUUCCAAAAUCCUUACUUCCCUAUUCAAUAGGCUGGUUAAGUAGGAUAUGCGUGGGUGUGUGUAUGUGUGAUGUAUUUAUUACAUUAUUUUGAAAGAGUAAUACUAUAUUAUGUGGGUAUAUAUUAAGUACAGCCAAAUUGGAUGUUUCCAUUUGGCAAGGAAGGUAGGAUUUCUGAAACUCAGGCCUUAACCAGUAGGUUGGAAGACAAGACCAAUUGAAGCUUUAUGAAAUGUGUGUUUUUAUUGCUCCUUUUAUUUCUGUCUUGGGUUCAUUGUCUCAUUCUUUAAUGUUUUUAAAAUUUUGUGCUUAAAAGUUUAUUUUGCUUAAUUAUGAAGUAGAUGUGCAUGUUUACAUUUAUGUAAGAUAUUUGCUGUGUAAAGUGUUGUUGUUUAUUCUCUUAAAAGAUCACUAUAUUUAAGUAAAAAUGAAGGUCAGCAAUA